GGCAGGGUAGCAUUGUUAUCUUAAGACACUCAUCUGGUGUCUGAGUCUGCAGGUGACACUGCUUAGGUACGGAGCGCGGAGUCGGAGCGGGGACGCGCCGGGCUGCAGCUCUGGGAUGCAAUCCGCCUGCCUCGCAAGCUGCUCGCCGCUGCGCUGGCAGCGCUUACGCUGAGCUCGGAGGAUCCCAUUAGGACUUGCCCGGGGAUGUGCACCUGCCGUGCGCUCCGAGGUCAGUGGCAGGUCUGCAGGCAGCCGAGGGAGCGGUGAAGCCAGAAGACCUGUCUCUGCCCAUGUGCAAGGCAGUGAUUUCGGGUGAGAGAGCGGGUGGGUGAGUCUCUUUAGAGUUGGAAAGAAGGCAAAAUCUUCGGUUUCUCCUCGGCGGAGGGACAGGGGACUCCCCCAGUUGGGUCUUGCACUUCCCUUACCUCUCCCACCCCGCGUGUGCCCCGGCCCAGUGCCGAAGCCCCACUUCAAAGAUGCUCUGGGAGACCGGGAUCCUGGCUGCUCAGCGGGAAGGCAGCAGGCAAGUGGUCUAACGUUGGCGGCGGUGGCGGCGGCGGCGGCGGCGGCACCGACAGUAAAGCGGGGAGCAAGAGAAUUUGAAAAGAGACAUCCGCUCCCUCUCACACGCUGAGGGGGAGGCAUUCGCGUUUCCCCAAAUGAGAAAGAACCACAAGAAAUCAUGAAGUAAAAACUUUGGAAAGCUGCCACUGGAGAUGUUGCACAAAAACCUGGAAUCUUUUAGGAGUCUCCUCCCAGUCGUUGAAGGUUUGGGGAGCAGCUGAUACAGCAAGGAGGGCUCUUGCAAGGAUUCAAGCUGGCGCCAAAGUGUUUGACAGCUGGGCUGCAGCCAUGGAGAAGACAGGAGCAUUCUUGACUCUUACUUCCCCUCUUCACCAAAAAUGGAGCUGGCUUUGUCUCCCAGAAUGGAGUGAUGUGUGCUGCAGUGUGGGCACAAGAAAGGAGCUCUGAGCCCUGGAGGAGCAGCACGGAGCGGGAGAGCGUGGCGAGAGAAUGAAGAAACCAACCGCCCGGGAGAAGCAUGAGGUGGCAGUGUGGCACUCUGUUUAGAGGGCUUAGGCCGGUGGUGGCCCCAUGGACAGCCCUGCUGGCACUGGGCCUGCCUGGCUGGGUGUUGGCUGUCUCAGCCACGGCGGCUGCUGUGGUCCCCGAGCAGCAUGCCUCCGUAGCUGGGCAGCAUCCCCUGGACUGGCUGCUCACAGACCGGGGCCCCUUCCACCGUGCUCAGGAGUAUGCUGACUUCAUGGAGCGGUACCGCCAGGGUUUCACCACCAGGUACAGGAUUUAUAGGGAAUUUGCCCGUUGGAAGGUGAACAACUUGGCUCUGGAAAGGAAGGACUUCUUCAGUUUGCCAUUGCCUCUUGCCCCAGAGUUUAUCCGGAACAUUCGCCUCCUUGGAAGGAGACCCAAUCUGCAACAGGUUACAGAAAAUCUGAUUAAAAAGUACGGCACUCAUUUCUUACUUUCUGCCACCCUUGGAGGAGAAGAGUCCCUGACCAUUUUUGUGGACAAGCGGAAACUGGGAAGAAAGACAGAGACAACAGGAGGUGCCUCUAUAAUCGGGGGCAGUGGGAACAGCACAGCUGUGUCCCUGGAGACCCUGCACCAGCUGGCCGCCUCCUACUUCAUCGACAGAGAGAGCACGCUGCGACGGCUGCACCAUAUCCAGAUAGCCACGGGGGCCAUCAAGGUCACCGAGACCAGGACCGGUCCUCUGGGCUGCAGCAACUAUGACAAUCUGGACUCAGUCAGUUCUGUCUUGGUACAGAGUCCAGAGAACAAAGUACAGUUACUUGGCCUUCAGGUGCUGCUGCCUGAGUAUCUGCGUGAGCGCUUUGUAGCUGCAGCGCUCAGCUACAUCACAUGCAGCUCUGAGGGUGAGCUCGUCUGCAAGGAGAAUGACUGCUGGUGCAAGUGCAGCCCCACCUUCCCUGAAUGCAACUGCCCUGAUGCUGACAUCCAGGCCAUGGAGGACAGCCUGCUGCAGAUCCAGGACUCCUGGGCCACUCACAACCGGCAGUUUGAAGAGUCAGAAGAGUUCCAGACCCUGCUGAAAAGGCUGCCCAAUGACCGGUUCCUGAACUCCACAGCUAUCUCCCAGUUCUGGGCCAUGGACACCAGCCUUCAGCACCGCUACCAGCAGCUGGGAGCUGGCUUGAAAGUGCUGUUCAAAAAGACCCAUCGGAUCGUCCGCCGGCUCUUCAACCUCUGCAAGCGCUGCCAUCGCCAGCCUCGCUUCCGCCUGCCCAAGGAGAGGUCCUUGUCCUACUGGUGGAACCGAAUCCAGUCCCUCCUCUACUGUGGGGAAAGCACCUUUCCUGGCACUUUCCUGGAACAGAGCCACAGCUGUACCUGCCCCUAUGACCAAUCUUCCUGCCAGGGCCCCAUCCCAUGUGCCUUGGGCGAAGGGCCUGCAUGUGCCCACUGUGCUCCAGACAAUAGCACACGCUGUGGGAGCUGCAACCCGGGCUAUGUGCUGGCCCAGGGGCUGUGCCGGCCAGAGGUGGCCGAGUCCCUGGAAAACUUUCUUGGGCUGGAGACAGACUUGCAGGACCUGGAGCUAAAGUACCUGCUGCAGAAGCAGGAUAGCCGCAUUGAGGUACACUCCAUCUUCAUCAGCAAUGACAUGCGGCUGGGCAGCUGGUUUGACCCUUCCUGGAGGAAGCGCAUGCUGCUCACCCUGAAGAGCAACAAGUACAAGCCUGGGCUGGUGCACGUGAUGUUGGCCUUGUCCUUGCAGAUCUGUCUCACCAAGAACAGCACCCUGGAGCCUGUCAUGGCCAUCUAUGUCAACCCCUUUGGGGGCAGCCACUCUGAGAGCUGGUUCAUGCCUGUGAAUGAGGGCAGCUUUCCCAACUGGGAAAGGACUAACGUGGAUGCAGCUGCCCAGUGCCAAAACUGGACUAUCACCUUGGGGAAUAGGUGGAAGACUUUCUUUGAGACAGUUCAUGUUUACCUACGGAGCCGAAUCAAGUCCCUGGAUGACAGCUCCAAUGAGACAAUCUACUAUGAGCCCCUGGAGAUGACUGAUCCCUCUAAGAAUUUGGGUUACAUGAAAAUUAACACCUUGCAGGUCUUUGGCUACAGCCUGCCCUUUGACCCAGAUGCUAUCCGGGACCUAAUUCUCCAGUUGGACUACCCAUAUACUCAAGGUUCCCAGGACUCUGCACUCUUGCAGCUCAUUGAGCUCAGGGACCGGGUGAACCAGCUUUCUCCACCUGGCAAAGUCCGACUUGACCUUUUCUCCUGCUUGCUCCGGCAUCGGCUUAAGCUGGCCAACAAUGAGGUGGGCAGGAUCCAGUCCUCCCUGAGGGCUUUCAAUUCUAAGCUGCCAAACCCUGUGGAAUAUGAGACCGGCAAACUCUGUAGCUAAUGGGCGGCCCACUUCAGCACUGGGCAAGGAGGGGAUCCAUGAAUCUGGGGUACAAAGAUAAUCUAAGCCCUCACCUUAGUGCCAACAGGGUGUGCUCCCACGAGACUUUCAGCAUCCAGCAGAUGGGACCUCGAGGCUCGAGCUGAAGCAGGCGAGAGAGAAACAGCUACUGCGUGCGUGCGCGCACACAUACACACACACACACUGGCACAGGGAGGCUACAACUCAGCAGCCUCAGAUCUGUAAAGUUGAUUGGUGCUUUCUAAAAUGAAUGCAAUUGAAAGAAAGGAGCCAAGGAAGAGAUUAAGAAAAAGAACCAGCCGAACCAUGAAACAAACAAAAAUCCUAAAAGUGAUUCUUGUCAUUCAAGAAAGCAAGAGGGGACAACAAUGGGAGGGGUCGGAGCUCUUCCUUCCCCUCUGUGGAGUCACUUUUGUAUUCUUUUUAACCAGAUUUCUUAAAAUGUUGUUGUUUUGUGAAUCCUGACAUUGGUUCUUACUUUUGUAUGCUGCCUUCUCUGUGCCCUCCCAGACGCUGACUGGGAAACACAAGAAGUACAACCAACAGGAACCAGCGCCAAGGGCAGGCAGCGGCCUCCUUGCUCCCCUCUCUUACUCCUCCCUCUCUGCUGCCUCCUCCCCCCACCAAGUUUCAGGGCCCUGGAUUGUUCCCAGUUCCCCUUGUGGUCCCUUCAGAGCGCCUUUCCAACAGCAUCUCUCUGUCGAAGAAAGAAGCUCUGUCAAGUUAGAGAGAGACAAUGUGUAGGAAAAUGUUCUUUUUUUUAAAAAAAUAACAAAAACAAAACAAAAUUAUUUAUUUUGUGAUUGUUUUCCUUGUCAAUCUGCUCCAACCACCUGAACAUCUAAGUAAACAUUUACCUGGUUUAAUAUAUUUUUGGAAAAGGCCUUUUUUAGGGGGAAAAAUGAGAGAAAAAAGAAAAAAAAGAAAGAGUAUAGUCCCCUGGGUUACCUGGAUUUUUCUUUUUAAUUGCUAUUUGCAUGACACAAGAGUGUCCAUGAAGCAGGGAUAGUACUGUGUGGGAAGCUGGUUGAUUGACAGAUACACAAGUUACACAAGUGAAUGAGUGCCUGUGUUGACUGGGGUGUGAGGGGUGUAUGAGAGAGAGAGGUUAAAUGAGAAGCGAGGUAGUACUAUCCCAGAGAGUUAUCUCACUAUACUCCCAUCACCUUUUUUUUCUCCCUGGGUGUGAGGGCUAACAUGGGUCCUAAAACCAGGAUUUCCCACAUGGGGAGAGUAGUUAAAAAGGUCUUGCUCGUAAGAGGAACUGCAGUCUUUGCACUGGGCAAAGUCCUGCUAAAGGGGCUCCUCUUUGCCGACACUGCUGCAGACAUUAGGAGAAUUUCCCAUACGCUGCAUCUUAUGGUCUGGGAUCACCCUUUGAGAAAACUGGGAAAGACGCAAAUGUAGCAUUGGCUCCCUCCAUUCUGUCUGAUCAGCACAUUCCCAACCCAAAUAGCAACUUUGAUGUAUACAACACAGAACAAUGCAUCCUUUUCUCCUAGUGCCUCCCUCCAGGUGGUAUGAGAAUCACUUCAUAGCAUCUCUUUUGGAGAAUCACUUCUUUGUCUAUGCUUCACAUUCAAACCACAAUGCAUAGGCAUGACAACCCCCAUUUUAUUCAGGAGAGAGUCACCACAUAAAUAUGAAAUAUUUCAUUUCCUACCUGUGGUAUAUCUCAGUUGGCAUAAAGUGAAAUGGAAGACAAUGAGACAAUGAUUAUGUCUCUCUGCCCAGGGGCCUUCUAUGUUUAUUACUGCAUGCAGAAGAAUUUGACAUUAUAUUUAAUCAUUGCAUGGUCUUUCAACGUAUAAGAAACUGAAAUCCUUGGUAGAUAAGCAGCCCGGGGCAUUUCUUUCUUCACCACUUUCCUGAAGGCUUCCAGGGUAGAAAUACAGAGUGAUAGGAUGAUCUGGGGUGAGCACGGUUAUUGGCUGUCUAUUUCUAGUUAAAGUCACUGCUUGCUUUGGGAAGUUUGUACAGAGCUCCUCACCCAUGGGAGAUGGAAUAGGCAGAUGACAUCAUCAGCAGGAGUGUUGAGAUGUACCCGAUGAGGAUGCUUUUGGUGGGAAGGGGGUGACAAGUGGUGGGAAAGCUUUGAUACCUUCCAGUGAUGGCGUUUGAGUGGUAGGUACCGGAGUCUGAUUUUAGCACUCUGAAAGUGUAUGUCUACAGGCAGUAGGAGUGGAUGGACAGGGACUCUUACUCAUUAAUUAAAGGUACACCUUUAGCAAACUGUCAACUGCCAGGCACAGCAAUACUCAGAGUGGGGAGGACAGCCAUUGAGAAUGUACAGGGCACAAAGCAGUGUGGAGCCUCAGUAGCACAAGCAUGACUGCCCCAGUGGGAACAGUCAUCACAUGAGGGCUCACAUCCCACCUAGGCCAGUCCCACAGUUGUGGUGAGGGAUGGGAAACCUCAACCUUCUGUCUUUGUAUCAGCAACCAGACUGGGAGAAAAUCGCACCUAUGGAAUUAUUAGUAAGGAUGCUGUGUCUCUUUAUUUCAGAGAUAUGAGAUCUCUUGUCUUGAGAGGGUUUCAGGAAGAUGAUGGUGUGAUGUAUUGUGGUUCUAGGGAAUAUAUGCAUCCAUUUACUAAGCUUUCCACAUCUUGCCUAUCUGGAGGUUUAAACUAUGAAGCUUAGUGUACCAACUCCAUCUAAAAGUACUACUACACAUUGGUAAAUAUUUAGUGGUGCCUUUGAUUCCAGAUGCAAGCAUCAUAUUGAUAGAGGACCUAACCAAUAUUAAUUACAGAGGUAGAAAUGUCUAUAUUUGACCUAGUCAUCUGUUACCUGUGAUAGAUGUUUGAUUCGUCUGUUCUGGGACAGUGAUAGGGUGCUUGGUGUAGAAGAACUUGUGUCAAAGGAGCAGGCCAAAGACUUUACUUCUAGAACACAGGUGGAAGAAGAGGGGUUGUAAGGGAUGGGUAGCAUCCUUUAAGAGGCUUUCAAAGGCUUGAAACCAUGAGUUUAGCACAGAGUUUUUCAGAAAGCUUGGCUAAGAAAUGCUGUAAUAAGAAAAGGCUGUCCUCAGUUGAAACUGUCACCUUUAAAGUCCAUAAUAAUCAAAAUAUGUGAACCACCUAUUCACAGACACAGUUGCAAAUAAAGAAUUGUCAUUAAUUAGUACUGGAUUGUCAAUGUUGGUGAACUCAUUGUGGAAUUAAGAGCAAAAUCACAAUAUAGUUCCAACCGUGCAUUGGAUAAUAACAAUUAGGAAUUCAAGUUUUAAUUAUAACCCCAAAGAACGAUACAUCAAAUGCUAAUCUGCCCUAAUGCUUGAGACUAAUACCUCUAAUACUAAAUAAUAUAUUUAAUACCUGCUAAUAAAAUAUUGCUAUGCUCUGCAAGCACACUCAUGCAUCAACAGCCAAAAACAUAAAUGAAUAUCACUUCCAAUACUGGGUAUUACAAUAGUUUAGUUCCAGUUCUUCUGUGUUUUUUUUCUUUAUCAAAAUAUAAAAAUAGUGGUCAUGAUAGGCAGAGCUGCCUUGUAAGUAGACAGAAUAUGUUGCCGACAUGAUGUCCUGUCCCAAAAUACCACUUGAAAGUCUGCAAUUUCAUCAGAUGGGUCUUUUCUCUUGCAUUUCAGAAGUCUCUCUUUUUUUUUUUUGCCAUUAUAUUCUGCAUGAAAACUAAAAUGCCCUGAAGAAGAAAUCAGUCUUAGAAGUUAACCCAAUGGCAAGAUAGAAAAUUAGAUUUUUGGAGUUGGAAGAUUUUUAGAGGUCAUCCGGUCCAAUCUCAUUUCUGACAUGAGGAAAAAGAGGUUAAAAAAUUGAGAAGUUGGCUGGGCGCAGUAGCUAAUGCCUGUAAUCCCAGCACUUUGGGAGGCC